AUUGUUUCAUUUUCCUUAAAAUAUUAGGAGGCUGACAGUGGAGGGCCAGAUCCAGGAGAAGACUGCGAGCCCUCCUUCGUUGUUAUUAUUUUUCUUUUCUUUUUUUCUUAUUCACAAAUCAUCACCUUACGCUCUCUCAAUCUCUCCAUUUCCCAAUUCAUUCGAGCCUUUCUUUUCAUUUUACCCUUUCUUUUCUUGUGCUGGAGUGCUGAUUGUGGAUGCAAUUCUGGGAUUUUGUUUAUUUCUUAUAUUCUGAUCGGAUCUGAGAAUUAAUUGGGUAAAGAAGAAGAUGCUGACGAAGUUUGAAACCAAGAGUAAUAGAGUCAAAGGGUUGAGUUUCCAUAGUAAGAGGCCAUGGAUCCUUGCAAGUCUUCACAGCGGAGUGAUCCAGCUAUGGGAUUACCGGAUGGGCACGCUUAUUGAUAGAUUUGAUGAGCAUGAAGGGCCUGUUCGGGGUGUUCACUUUCACAAGUCUCAGCCUCUUUUUGUGUCUGGAGGGGAUGAUUAUAAGAUUAAAGUGUGGAACUAUAAGACUCAUAGAUGUCUAUUUACUCUUCUUGGACACCUGGAUUAUAUACGUACUGUGCAAUUUCACCAUGAGUAUCCAUGGAUUGUGAGUGCUAGUGAUGAUCAAACUAUUCGUAUAUGGAACUGGCAAUCACGUACAUGUAUCUCCGUUUUGACGGGCCACAAUCACUACGUAAUGUGUGCUUCAUUCCACCCUAAGGAAGAUCUUGUUGUGUCAGCUUCCCUUGAUCAGACCGUUCGUGUUUGGGAUAUUGGUGCCUUGAGGAAGAAGACUGUGUCUCCAGCAGAUGAUAUCUUGCGGUUGAGUCAAAUGAAUGCUGAUCUAUUUGGUGGAGUUGAUGCUGUUGUUAAAUAUGUACUGGAAGGUCAUGAUAGAGGGGUUAAUUGGGCGGCAUUCCAUCCCACCCUGCCGUUGAUCGUGUCAGGGGCUGAUGAUCGACAAGUGAAGUUGUGGCGAAUGAACGACACAAAAGCAUGGGAAGUGGACACUCUAAGGGGGCACAUGAAUAAUGUUUCGUGUGUGAUGUUCCAUGCGAAACAAGAUAUUAUUGUUUCCAAUUCAGAGGAUAAAAGUAUUCGAAUUUGGGAUGCUACAAAACGAACUGGACUUCAGACAUUUCGCAGGGAGCAUGAUAGAUUUUGGAUUCUUGCUGCUCAUCCUGAGAUGAAUUUAUUGGCAGCAGGGCAUGACAGUGGCAUGAUUGUUUUUAAGUUGGAGAGAGAAAGGCCAGCCUUUGCUAUUAGCGGCGAUUCUCUAUUUUAUGUGAAGGACCGAUUUUUGCGCUAUUAUGAGUUCUCCACUCAAAAAGAUACACAGGUCGUUCCGAUUCGCCGGCCUGGUUCAACUAGCUUGAAUCAGAGCCCACGGACCCUUUCAUUUAGCCCUACGGAAAACACAAUUCUUGUUUGCUCAGAUCUGGAUGGGGGGUGCUAUGAAUUUUACACCAUACCCAAGGAUAGCUUUGGUAGAAGUGAUAGCUUGCAAGAUGCAAAGAGAGGACUUGGAGGAUCAGCAGUGUUUGUGGCUCGAAAUAGGUUUGCUGUGCUCGAUAAAAGUCACAACCAAGUCUUGUUAAAAAACCUUAAGAAUGAAAUUGUUAAGAAGGUCCCUAUUCCCAUUACUGCAGAUGCAAUAUUUUAUGCUGGAACUGGUAAUUUAUUGUGCCGAGCAGAAGAUAGAGUUGUUAUUUACGAUCUCCAACAGAGAAUAAUUCUUGGUGAUCUUCAAACCCCUUUUGUCAAGUACGUUGUUUGGUCCAAUGAUAUGGAGAGUGUAGCAUUGCUUAGCAAACAUGCAAUUAUUAUUGCUAACAAGAAGCUUGUUCACCAGUGCACACUUCAUGAAACAAUUCGCGUAAAGAGUGGAGCAUGGGAUGAUAAUGGCGUUUUUAUUUACACAACCCUAAACCACAUUAAGUAUUGCCUCCCCAAUGGAGAUAGUGGUAUAAUCAGAACCCUUGAUGUUCCAAUAUAUAUCACAAAGGUGUCUGGCAAUACUCUUUUCUGCUUGGAUAGGGAUGGAACAGUUCGAUCGUUGAUUAUUGAUGCAACAGAAUACAUAUUCAAGCUUUCUCUCUUGAAGAAGAGAUUUGACCAUGUCAUGAGCAUGAUAAGGAACUCCCAGCUCUGUGGGCAAGCAAUGAUUGCAUAUUUGCAGCAAAAGGGAUUUCCAGAAGUUGCACUUCACUUUGUGAAGGAUGAAAGAACCAGGUUCAAUUUGGCUCUUGAGAGUGGAAACAUUCAGAUUGCAGUUGCAUCUGCUACAGCAAUCGAUGAAAAAGAUCAUUGGUAUAGGCUGGGUGUGGAGGCUCUUCGUCAAGGCAAUGCAGGCAUCGUUGAAUACGCGUACCAGAAGACAAAAAAUUUUGAGAGGUUAUCAUUCCUUUAUCUCAUAACUGGCAACACAGCAAAACUAUCCAAGAUGUUAAAGAUUGCUGAAGUUAAGAAUGAUGUCAUGGGUCAAUUUCACAAUGCUCUAUAUCUUGGUGAUGUUCGUGAGCGUGUAAAGAUCCUGGAGAAUGUUGGCCACUUACCUCUUGCGUACAUCACAGCUUCUACCCAUGGUUUGCACGAUGUAGCUGAAAGGCUCGCUGCUGAAUUGGGAGAUGACAUUCCAUCUUUACCAGAAGGCAAGACCGCAUCCCUCCUCUUGCCUCCCAUUCCAGUCAUGUGUGGCGGUGAUUGGCCACUUCUGAGAGUCAUGAAAGGAAUAUUCGAAGGUGGGCUCGAUAAUGUAGGUGCUGGUCGUGCUGACGAAGACGAUGAUGAGGUUGCAGAUGGUGAUUGGGGUGAGGAGCUGGAUGUGGUUGAUGUUGAUGGCUUACAAAAUGGAGAUGUGGCAGCAAUUUUGGAUGAUGUGGAAGGUGCAGAAGAAAACGAGGAAGAAGGGGGAUGGGACCUUGAAGAUUUGGAGCUCCCACCCGAAGCUGACACUCCAAAAGUAUCAGUCACUUCUCGCAACUCAGUUUUUGUGGCCCCAACUCCUGGCCUGCCUGCCAACCUGGUUUGGACACAGAGAUCGUCCCUUGCUGCAGAACAUGCUGCAGCCGGUAAUUUUGAUACAGCAAUGCGCUUGCUUAACAGGCAGCUAGGAAUUAAAAACUUUGCUCCUUUGAGACCCAUAUUUCUUGAUCUUCAUGCUGGGAGUCAAACCUAUCUUCGUGCCUUUUCAUCUGCUCCCAUAAUAUCAUUAGCAGUUGAAAGAGGAUUCAGUGAAUCUAGUAAUGCGAAUGCAAAAGGAUCUCCUGCACUUAUUUACAGUUUCUCUCAGUUGGAGGAGAAGCUUAAAGCUGGUUACAAGGCCACAACAACAGGGAAGUUCUCUGAUGCUCUUCGUCUGUUUCUUUCUAUUCUUCAUACCAUCCCUUUGAUCGUGGUCGAGUCUAGGAGAGAAGUGGAUGAGGUAAAGGAGUUAAUUAUUAUCGUUAAGGAGUAUGUUUUGGGUUUGCAAAUGGAAUUGAAGAGGAGAGAACUGAAGAACAAUCCAGUACGUCAGAUGGAGCUUGCAGCCUAUUUUACGCACUGCAACCUUCAGUUGCCACAUUUGAGGCUUGCUCUAUUAAACGCCAUGACUGUCUGUUACAAGGCUAAGAACCUCGCCAGUGCGGCAAACUUCGCUCGCAGACUUCUUGAGACUAAUCCCUCAAUUGAGAAUCAAGCUAAGACAGCCAGGCAAGUACUGCAGGCAGCAGAGAGGAACAUGACGGAUGCCUCCCAACUGAACUAUGAUUUCAGAAACCCUUUUGUGACCUGUGGUGCAACUUAUGUACCAAUUUAUAGAGGUCAGAAGGAUGUUUCUUGCCCUUACUGUAGUUCCAGGUUUGUGCCAAGUCAGGAAGGACAGCUUUGCUCUGUUUGUGAUCUAGCUGUUGUCGGAGCAGAUGCAUCUGGUUUACUUUGUUCUCCCACCCAAAAUCGAUGAUCAAACUCCGGGAAUUAUAUCUUCUCUCAAUGACCUCACUUAUCUUUUGAAGAACGGGAGCUUUGUUGUUUAGCAUUCACGUCUCCUUGUUGAAGGUAAAAGAAAUUGGGUUAAAAUAGCUAGCGAAGCUACCUUUGAAAAGAAUUUCGGUUGUCUGCUACUUAAAGUUUCUUCUUGUUUUUUUUUUGUUUUUUUUUUGUUUAGUCGAUUGUGAUAUAUCUGUAAUAAUGUUUUCAGAAUUUUGGAAUAGGCUAUUCAUGUUAGGUAUGAUGAGAUCAAAUACAGGAGGGCUUUUUAUGAAUAGAUUGUUUACAGGCAUGACAUGACAUGACAUCUUAUUAAUGCUUGCAGGACCCUUUACUUCCAAUUUUCUUUCUGUAAUACGGCCAAAGCUUCUUGCUUGGUAAUAGAUGAACAUUUCUGCGAGA